CCCCAAUGGGGUAAAUAGCAGUGGGGUAGAGUGAUUUUAAUUAGGAAAAUGGAGCAGGGAGUUCAUAAUCAUUUUAUUUGUUUAACAAUAUGCCAUUACAAACAUUGAAAGUUGAGACAAUUAGCUCUUAAUUUCCUGGCUGCUAGAGCAAAUAAGGAAACAUACACUGAGAUAUGAUUUUCCUUGUCUGAUAGCAAAAAGCACAAAAACUCAGUGUAACAAAAAUUUUCCUAUAACUAAACUCAGACAGAAAUUUCUCAGUAGGAUCUUUGUAUAGAGGACACUGGAUAAUAUAAUGAACAACAUCCUGUAAAACUGUUUUACAAAACACACAAAACCAGUGUUCUAAGGGAAGUUUGUUAUAGCAACCAUCAAGAAAAGGCAUGACAUUAAACCUUAACGCGAUUCUUUAUGGAGCUAAAGUAAUUACCUCCAAAUUGUUAGCUUUCUGGUGAUUUGUUUUAAAGCAUGGGUACAGCCUAGAAAAUUUCAAAGAACAGAUAGCAUAUGAGUUAAAGAAGCUCUCCCACACACAAACAGGUUUAACUGUAAUUUGAACAACAACAAUCUCAGCUCAAUAUAAAAUUCUCUGGCAAGAGCAGCAACUCGCUUUUGAGCAUUUAAGGAUUCACCAAACUACUAAAAUGAGUAAAAGGAAGAAGGGACAAAUUUCAGAAGAGAACCGGGACAUUUCCAAAGCAAAAAAGAGCCUUAGGAAGAAGAUGCUACUGACAGGAGGGAGUGAUCUAGAAAAGCCAGUACAGACAUUUCAUGCUACUAAUUCUUCCUCAAAAGAAACCAUAGCAGGAGCAAUUCACGAAUAUAAAGGAAAUAGUCUAAAAAACAUGAAAACAGAAAGUUUGGCAGCCAAUCUGGAUACAAGCUCUGGAAAAGAAGGUAGGAAGGCUUCCUUUGAGAGGAAAGAGCUAGAUCAUAUGAAGGUUUUUGUAUCUUCAUCUCAAGGAGGGAAGUUGGUCCCAGUGUUUAAAAAGCCAAAAAAGCCAUUAGUUGAAAGAUAUGAAGGAAAUUUUGGAGAAGCUUCAACAAUUUGGACAGAACAGGCUGAUUGUAUAGAUAGAAACAAACCUAGUUCAGCAGAGAGUUCUGUCGUGAACAUUGUUGCUUCUUCAGAGUCACUAGAAUCAAUGGAUUUAUUGGUGACAAAAGUGGAAGAUGCUGGUGAUCAAGUGAUUCUCCAUUGUGAGGAGCUAAGUCAAAGACUGGAUGUUGAAAUGCAAGAUGACGACAAGAUCAGAAAAGUAAACAAUGAUGAUGCCAACUCAAGGUUGGUUGUUUCCCAUCGAGGCACAGGGGCAGCAUCCAAUUUACAAGCAAGCAUCUGUGAAAAGGAAAUGCCAGAUAAUGGCAUUGAUGGCCUUGAAAAUAGAAAACUGCCUCUAGAGUCACUUAAAUGCCCACUUCUUGAGAUGAGUGUUAGUAUAUUGGCAGAGGACAGUGUCACUGAGCAUAAUAGAAGCUAUCCACACAAAGAGCAUCUAGAAACUUCAAACAUGGGUAUGGAUCAAAACAAAGCUUUCCAGGGUAUCAUAAAUUUAGAUGAUGUAAAAGAAGCACACUGGACUAACAAUGGAAGUAAUAAAGAUGCAGAACUUGUUGAGUGCAUGGCCAGCCAAACCCAAAAGGAGAACGACAUAGCUGAUCUCCAACUUGUGACACAUUUAUCAGUUUCCACACCUGCAGAACAGAGCAAAAGUCUAUGUACAAGUAGCAUAGAUAGACAAGGAAAUACUGAUGUCAAAGAAGCAGACCAGAGCUAUCCAUAUGGAUAUGGGAAAACUGAAGAGCAAAAUGGCAUUUCCAGCAGAACUGAAAUUUCAGAACCUGGAGCCACUUGGUGCAGCUCCACCAUAAGUGGAAAAGUCACACACCAACCCAGCCUGUGGACAAGUGGCGAAUCCAUAGAACAAACUGGUAGGAGUAAAAUUGCAGAUCAAAACAGUGACAAAGGCCAAGAUAUUUCUGGAGAAGACUUUCCAGAUAAUCAGUCUAUAUGUAUUUAUAUGGAAAACGAAGCAAAGCUUUCUGAACCAAAAUGCGAACAGAUUAUUGAAACAAGUGACCUGUUCUUCCCACAGCCUGAUGGGGAUGUUCACCCUGAGAAUAGAGCAAUCUCAGUGCAAGUAGUUGUUUGCAGAGAAGAGAGAGGGAGGAAUAAAAAAGAAGCUGGAAUGGAAACAAAUCCAGCAAAGAGCAUCACUGCCUCACCUGACCCAAAAGUUCCAGUUUUGCUGAUCCAACCACAACAAAAGGAAAAUGGUAGUGAGAAAUUGGUGUCUGAUCCAAAACAGUCAGAGUUCAGCAGAUGUGAUUUGGAACCAAAUCAAAUUAUGGAGGCAUUGUCAAAUACAGGUAUUUCGCAGCAAAAUUUGACUGAGAUUUCAAUGGCUGAAACAAAACCAACAGAAAACUCUGUCUCUUCAGCUGACAUCCAUAUGAAUGGAAAAGAAUUAACGUGUGAGGAAAACAAGAGCAAACCUUCCCAUGUAGAAAGUGGUCUCACCUCAGUAGAGGUUCUUCCUGCACUGUCAUUGGUGAGUGAUCCUAAUAGAGAAAUGAAUGCUGAUUCAGAAGGACAGAAUUCUCUCCUUGCAUCAGGUUGCAGCACAAGAGCACUAAGCAGCCUUGAUAAUCUGGUCGAAACAUGCUGUCCUGGCACAGAUCCCCUUUCUCUAGAUGUGGAACUUCUGACUGACAGUCAGCUGCUGGGCAUCUUUGAAAGGCACAGCCUUGAAUAUCCACCACACAGGGUGUGGGAGAAAAUACUUCAGCAUGAGCACAGAGCUAGUGCAGCAGCACAGUUUGAAGGAGGCAGUAUGUCCCUGAAUGCCACUUGCUGGGAAUCACAAACAUCCUUUCUGAAUAAUCUACAUACCCAUUCCAAGGAUAAAGGUGAUUGGUGUCCUGCAGGAGAACAAAGUGGAAUCAAAACACUAGCCUCGGUUGUUAAUCUGACCUAUCCAAACAAUGCCAGGAAUGAAGGGACAGAGAGGAUUUGUGAUCCAUACAAACAAGAAGAUGCAACAGAUGUUGUUUGUGGACUGAUUAAAGAGCUCUCUAAUCUCAAUCGGCUGAUCAUGAGUGCACACAGAGAUCUGGAUUCCUUCAAGAGAAUGAAAUUCCGGAGAAACAGGCAAUUCGGGAAGCUUCUGCCUCACAGCAUGGGCAAUGUGACAAGCACACUACGUACAGCGAAAAAGAGAGAGAUUUAGCUUGUGAAUACUAUGGCUUGCUUGUAAGAGUUUGAUUGGUUCUGGUGUUUUUUCUUUAGCUGUGUGGUCAUGUAUGCUUAUUUGCAUCAAAAUAAGACUCUUAAUUGCAGAAUAAAAUGACUUUAUAAUAAGUAUAAUUAUUUAUACUUAUAAUCCUCCAACUAGCUACCACAGCAAUGUAAAGGACCGUUAAUAAUAAUAAUCCGGCCAAACAUCUUGGCACACAGUCCAGUUAAUUCAAGUAACCUGUAUAUAAACUACAGUUAAUAUCCCUCUGAGCACUGUCAUAUCUCUAGUGGACUCUAACAUAACCUGCAAAUCGUCUACGUGCGAACUCUUGUUGAUUGUGAUUUCCCCUGGCAGAAGUGAAGAGUUGUCCUGUGUUCGUGCACUUAUCUAGUUUUUCCUCCGUUAGCCCAAAAUGUAUCUUAUAAAACACAAAACAAAAAAAACAAAAAUCUUAAUCGUUCUGGUGUAACUACUGUAUUUCAUUGUUUACACAUGAACUAGGUUUGUAGGAUGAAAAUGCCACAUUUGGACAAAAGACUACCAAAACCCGAGUACUUUUCAAUAUUGCUUCCAGUACAAAAGUUAAGCACAUACUUAAUGUCCCCCACUGAAACCAAGAUGGCUUAAAAUGCUUAACUUGACUUGCCCUUUCAUUUGUGCUUAUUUUAUUAUGUAUAUCUGUGUUUUGCAACCUACAAGGGCAGA